CCGCCAUACAGUCAACUACAGUCAGCGAAGGUGAGUGAGCCGAACAGCAGGUGGACUUGUGAGUUGUUCCUGUUCUUGGAAGUUGUCGAAUCACCUGACAGUCUGUGACAAACAUUCUGACUGAAGUCUUAAUAAGCACAAUUAACAACUGCAGUGGAUGCUGGGAAACGACAACUUUUUCAAAUACGGUGACACUUGCUGGAAACUUUGAAUGGUGAUGGUGUCCGGCACAUGUGGACCAGUCCAGUACCUGUACCGGGCUGAGAGACAUGUAAUGUUCUAGAUCUUUCUACAAACCACUUCUGCAUUGGCAGCUAAGUCGUGUCUAUUCUGCCACAACCCUGUAGCCAGCAAACAGUAGAGGACUGCACUAUCUUAUCUCAGGUAGAAAGAUAAGCCCGGACAGGUGUCAGAUCGGAUUUCUCAGUGACGACAUCAAAGAUCGUUUUUAACAUCGUACUGUGCACAGCAUUGCAGGCCCACUUUCUGUUUAAACAGCUUGUCAGUCUUACGAAUCCCGACAGAUGAGGACAGCAGUUAAAUACUCGCUAAUUGACAGCGAGUCGCUGAGUGACCCACCCGGCAAGCGACCCCGGCCUACGUCCUUGACCUGGGCGUGCUACACGUCCAGUAUCUUUCUCUGCCUCGCCGGCUGUUUGGCCAUUUUCGUUCCAGUUGUCUACAUGUACGUGGUACUGCCUUACCGGCAUUCUGGGGUCAAGGAUCACAUUGCUUCUAGCGAACCACAGGUGCAAACCCACUGCGGACCAGUGAAAGGUGUCACGGAGGACGGGGUGUACAUCUUUAAGGGUAUUCCUUACGCGGUGCCCCCUGUUGGCGACAGAAGAUGGACUCGACCAGAAAAACUCUCGCGAGAUCGUGGCACGUGCUGGAGCGAGCCUGUCUUCAAUGCCACAGCAUUCGGGAAAACCUGCUCACAGUAUGUCCAUUCCCUUCGUUCGGCCAUUGGAAGCGAAGACUGCCUCUUUCUGAACGUCUGGACGCCGAGUCUGGAUCCAGGAGCAAGGCUACCCGUUAUUUUCUGGAUCCAUGGCGGAUACUUGCUGGCCAUGAAUGGCCACUAUCCGGGGUACAGUCCCAACCCGGAGCUCGUGAAGGACACGGAUGCUGUGUUCGUUAGUUUUAAUUACCGACUGGGACCCUUUGGCUUCUUAACGCUGGACGUGCUGAGCAAAGCCUCCCCGGACGGUAGGUCCGGCAAUUAUGGGUUGAUGGACCAGAUACUGGCGCUGGAAUGGGUGAGAGACAACAUCAGAAACUUUGGUGGCGAUCCUGGCAAGGUGACGCUUCUUGGACAGAGCUCAGGCGGUACCUCCAUCUUCGCCCUCCUGACCUCGCCUUUGGCUGCUGGACUCUUCCACAGAGCCUGGGCGGCCAGUGGCUCGCCCACCAUGAACAAAACCAUGCAGCAAGCCUCGAAGGACAACCUGGUCUUCCUCAACACAACGGGUUGUGGUGACGUCACCUGUCUGCGUGGCUUAAGUCCCCUUGAGCUCUUACGCUCCACGCCUUGGUAUGUCUUCCCUUACUGGAUGAUGGACGACCUCUUGGAACUCCCUGAGAAAGGGAGACUAGACGGUGCCUUGAUUGUUGUCGACGGUUACGUUCUUCCUGACUCCCUUACCAAGAGCUGGGAAAAGGGACUGGCCAACGAUGUACCAGUUGUUAUUACCAAUACAGCUCAAGAAGCAGACAUCCACCCCAAUGAUAUCAACAUCGGCAACUGGACCUGGUCUGACUACAAGCAGGAGGUCAGAAACCGUUUGUCACCCUUCGGACCCGGCAUCGCAGAAAGAGCGAUACAACUGUAUCCAACCGGGGACGACCACACCCCGGAGCUUAUGUACACCAGCAUGAUCACCGACCUGCGCUCGAGCUGUCCAUCUGACGUCAUCAGCGACAUUGCCGCGAAGAGUUUCUCGUCCCCGGUGUACCGAGCGGUCAUCAACGCCCUCCCCUCCACCCCGUUCAGCAUGGAUGGCGAAUUCACCUGCAAGUACGCCUUCCAUGGCUUCGAUUCCAUCGCCCUCUUUGGCACCUUCACAUCAUUCGGCCUCUACCCUUCAGCCUCGGACCUAGAGUUCCAGAAAGUUCUCCGUCAGAUGAUAGUGAACUUUGCUCACGACGGCCGCCUCGAUGUCCCUGACCGGAAGCCGCGUCAAGGCCGACGCAGUGUAGCGCUCGUUUCUGACGUCAUAUCCGUGGCAGAUGACUACAUCAAGGACCGCUGCGAGUUCUGGAUGAGCAAUGGUUUCUACCAGUACGCCUGGAUUAACUGAGAAACAGCUACAGUCGCUUGCUGCCUCUUUGUUUUAAGUCUGCAAGCUAUAUAUAUAUAUACCUAUAUUCAAAUAUACUCAUGCAAACAGUUUA